GGAUGUGUUCCACGAAAACCUGUAGUAUCGCAAUUAACAGAUCUGGCAGAAUAGUAAUAUGGAAUUUGAAAGCUGUUAAGAUUUUCUGGUCCUGGACUGAAGAGUUGACUGAACAAAUUUAUCUUCGAACGAAAUAGGAGUAAAUAAGAAGGGCAGGGCAUUACUUUGUUAUUCAUGCUGUGAUUUGCAACGUUUUCAACCAUUCAAGUGAUUGCUUUCUUCCUUCCUUGGACUAGGCCAUUUGGUGUCAGAUACUGGCUUGCUUGAAAUCUUUGUUUGGCUAAUAGCCGGUGGAAUUCCAGUUCCUGGUUCAAACCAGAGCGGUAUUAAUGAACUAAUAGCAGAUACCAAACUAUGGCUGCUGCAGGAAAAAAGAAUCACUUCAAAAUAGUGCUUCUUGGUGAAGGCUGUGUUGGCAAAACUAGUCUUGUUCUUCGAUAUUGUCAAGAUAAAUUUAAUGACAAGCAUUUGCAGACACUUCAGGCAUCAUUUCUCAACAGAAGGUUAAAUAUUGAUGGGAAACGGAUGAACCUCGCAAUAUGGGAUACUGCUGGACAAGAAAGAUUUCAUGCAUUAGGUCCCAUUUACUACAGAGACAGUAAUGGUGCUAUAUUGGUGUAUGAUAUAACAGAUGAAGACUCAUUCUUAAAGGUGAAAAACUGGGUAAAGGAAUUGAGGAAAAUGCUUGGAGAUGAUAUAUGCUUAUGCAUUGCAGGCAACAAAACUGACCUUGAGAAAGACAGACAUGUUGAUGCUCAAGUUGCAGAAGACUAUGCAAGAUCAGUUGGUGCGAAACAUUUUCAUACCUCGGCAAAGCUGAAUAAAGGCAUUGAUGAGCUUUUCUUAGACCUAACAAAAACAAUGCAUGAAAAACAGACGCAAGAUGAAAUUGAAUUAGCUGCUAGAGGGUCAUCAGCGCAACAAGCACAGAAUGCACGUAGAAAGAACGUUGUUGUUGUAGAUGAUGAACCACGAAAGAAACAAGGAAGUGGUUGCUGCUGAUUAAUAAUGAAUUUAAUGUAAUCGUUCAUUUUGUACUGAACACGAAGCCCUUUAAUAAUAAUGACAUUUUCCUUGCCACUUUUGCAACGUUACGCUGUUUGUUUUGUCAAAUAAACAACGAAUCACCAAUGUCUUCUUAACUCUGAUCACAGUUUAACCCAUUUCUUUUAAUCUAAAAGCUUAAAAAGUUUGUAACUUGAAGUAGGGCGAUUUAUUCUUAUUACAUAUGGAUGAGAAUAGCGCGAGUUUCAACGAAUUUAGUUUUAGUUUAUUUGUUUUGUGCGUAUUAACAUCAUUUCAAGGAACAUAAGAAAUAAUUGCCUAUUCAACGAUCAUCCUUAUGCUAUCAAACACGCAUCAUCCGGGAAAGUGACUUUGUUUAAGAAGUAAAUAAGAAAUGAAUUUGUUAGAAUCUCUGUGUUCCGCAGCAAGUAGAUAAAGUUUAGAGUGUAGUUUUGAAUCCCUAAACUGUGCCUGCUGAUGCCGAAGAAUUGGACGGGUUCCUGAGGAGGUGACGAAAUUUUAUGCUCUAUCGAAAACUCCGAAAAAUUGGAAUUUAGGUUCUGAACACGUCCUUGAUUUGGGAAGCAAGCCAAAUAUGUUAGGUUGUUUUCCCAUGAAAUUUGGGAAUCAUUAAAAUAGUGAUUCUCCUGAAAGAUUUCUCUCAAGGACGGAAAUGCCAUCUGACACGCUGAGGAACAUAAAAUAGGUUAAUUGAUGGGGAAUAUGUUGCCUCACAGCCCUAUCCAAUCUCUUGGGUGCCAACAAGUGCCUAUCCAAUCUCUUGGGUGCCAACAACAAUCCAGUGGACUAAUUCAAACGUAUUGAUAUCGAAAGUAUAUGCCGGCUUGACAAGUGGUAGAUGUCUCCUCAUUCGCCCCUGUCUCAGGUUUACUUUGAGCACACAUUUAUGAUAAAUUUGCUAUCACCUGCCAUGCAGAGAAUUUGGAAUUCUGUCGCUUUUCCUUUCUCCAGUUUUCCUCAACUUAAUAGAAACCAUUGGCCAGCAAGGUCGUCUUUUCAUUUAGGCGUUUUUGAAAGGGCUUAAUCUAGGGGUUUUUAUUGCCGAAAGUUAGCCAAUUUCUACAUUUGCUUAUUUUUUUGUAACAUUUUGUGCAAGAUCCCACCUUGUUAUUAUUGUAGCACUAUACCACUGCCUUACCCGAUUAAUUAUUACCAAAACUUGGUGUAGAUGGAGUUUAAAAAUUCUUUGGAGUUCUAAGAAAUUAUAGCUAUAACGAUUUUAUUUUGCAAAACAUACGUUGCUUUGGUGUGAAUAACAGGUAAGACCCACGAUAACAAUUCCAUGCUGAAGGAAAGAGGCAAACAAAAAAUUAACAAAUAAGCUAAAAAUUGUAUGUUCAAUAUAUGCCGAAUUUUACAGAAUAUGGCACAGGUUCUUGCCAGCUUUUUGAAAGUCACUCUUGUCGUUUGAUAUGUUCUUUAAUUCGAGCCGUUGAAUUUGGGGAGAGUGAAAUGUAAUCAAAAUAGUUCUGUCCUUAUUUUAUGUAAGUUUGUUUUUGCA